GGAUCUUUAAUCUCCACCUGCCCGUUCUGUAUGGCGAAUCUGCUGAGAACGCGCUUGGCCGCCUCCUCUCCGAAAUCAUUUCGCAGUCUGGGGAUAUCUCGGUUCUGGAUUGGGUCGGAGAGGCGUCAUCGUUUCAUAGCUGUUUCCCUGCCUACAUCACCUCGUAUCGAAUGCUACCUUUGCCUCCACCCCAACCUAUCGCAGAAGAACACGCAGCGAUGAUACAUACGGAACAACCCGAGCAGGCCGGGUCGUCAUCCACAACACUACGGAUGCUAUUUCGUUCACUUGCCAACUCCCUACCUCCCCGAUUUCUCAGUCACCGCCUUAUCCUGCCAUGCAUCGCUUACCGUGUUACAGCAAUUCAGCGGAGGGUAAAUCCGUCGACCCGGAAUUACACGUACAAAAUCCUAGCAUCUGGGCUGAGGACCACUCGAGAAGAUGUGACAAUAUCACAAGGUGCUUUGCUGCUUGCUCGUCCCUGGCACUCGCGGCAUCUUCUUGGUCCAUUCACUAACGUUCACGCCACGAUUGAAGAGCAGCUACUUUUUACACUGGGAAGGCCAUUUAACGUUCUUUUGUUGACCAAACUACCCCAAAACGAGUACCUCAGGAUUGCGUCUUCUAACCUCAUUACCGCCCACCCCAUAGACUCUGCCAGUAUUCUGCAAAGCAGACUUAGAAUAUUCGAUAUUGUAUAGAUAAUCCGUCUAUGGCGUUCCGAUACCAGUCAUAGUGACUCCGCUGGUCCUCCCCAUUGUGGUUUACACUCCGACUCCAGAUACGGCUGCACA